ACCCCUGGGGCGGGUGCUUUUUGUACUUGCCGCUGUGGUGGGGGCGGCAUGGCCUCCUUAGGCAGCUCCUCAGAGCCAGUUCUGACCCUUGGUGGUGGUGAUUUCGGCUCUGGGGACCAUCUAAACAGGACUUGUCCUGCCCACCUGUUCGCCCUUCCUGAUGCCUGGAGCUCCGGGCAUCGAGGUGGGGGUGGCCUGGUAAAAGCCAGGUUCAGUGCCCAGGUGGCUCUCUUGUCCUCCCUGUGCUGUCGGUUAGCGGCCUGCAGUGUUUUUUGCACGUCUUUGCAUCUGGCACAGACUUGUUCCAGGAGACCCAGACCUGAUCUACCAAAGUGCAAGUAAAGAAAAAUGAAAAACUAGUUAGUACCAGUUUUUAAAUUUGUUUUCUUUAUUUUUUAUCAGGAUGUAAGUGUCUUAUUCCAUUUGGGUUGCUAUAGCAAAGCACCACACACUGGGCAGCCUGUAAAACAACAGACGUUGAUUUCUCACAGUGCGGAGGCCGGAUGUCCGAGGUCAGGGGGCCAGCAGGGGCGGGUGAGGCCCUCUUCCUGGCUGCAGACUUCUGUGUCCUCACGUGGAGGAAGGGGCAAGGGAGCUCUGUGGGGUCUCUUAUCAGGGGGACUCCACCUUCAUGACUGAAGCACUCCCAAAGGCCCCACCUCAUAACACUCUCACAUUGGGCAUUAGGAUUUCAACACAUACAUAUACAUUUGGGGGACACAGACCUUCAGAGCAGAGGAACAAGCAUACUUCACGAUACGCUUUUUCCCUUUGGCAGUUUGCAGAGGUCAUCCUAGGCAGAGGUCUUUUGCUUUCGUGCUUCUCUGGGACUCACCGCAGGUGGGAAUCUUGUCGCCUUCUCCCUCUCCACCCCUCCGUGCCUCAGGCCUGUUGGCCGCUGGGUUUGAGUUAAUCCCAUCGGGUGACUGCCGCUUAGUCAAGCGCUCUCACCUGAGAGGAGCUGUGUCUCUCUGUCUUACCGGUGUGGGCAAGGGCUCACACCCCGUCGCGGCCCUGAGGUCAUUGUUUGUGAAACAGGAGCAUCGUGGACACACGCCGUAUCCCGUGCUUUUGCUGACCCGUCUGGCCACCGGGCGCAGCCUGAAUCUUGGUCUUAGCAGGUGCCGGACUGGUGUGUGGAAGGACUGUGGCUUUGGCAACAGCACCAUCCUGGAGCCUGCUUCUGAAACCCCACGACUCACAUGGGAUUCGAAUUCGUGGGCCGAGACUCGAGCUCACUGUCUUUUAAUUGAAACCACACACCUAGGCUCAGGACUUACUGAAGCUCAGGUCUGUGUGUCAGCGGUCCCCAACCUUUUUGGCCCCAGGGACCGGUUUCGUGGAAGACAGUUUUUCCAUGGACGGGGUAGGGGGGGAUGGUUCAGGCGGUCAUGCAGGCGAUGGGGAGCAGCAGGUGAAGCUUCGCUUGCCCGCCACUCACCUCCUGCGCUGCGGCCCGGUCCGGUACCCGUCCGCGGCCUGGGGGUUGGGGACCCCUGCUCUAUGUCUCAGCGCAGAAGGAAUUCAUAGUAAGAGGCAAAGUGAUAGGUGAGAAGUGGAAUUAUUUAGAGAGGUACACAUUCCUUAGAAUGUGGCCCGUCUCAAAAGGCGAGAGCGGCCCUGAAAUAUGGGGUGGUUACUUUUUAUGGGCUGGGUAAUUUCAUAGGCUAACAAGUAGGAGGAUUAUUCCAGCUUUUUCAGGCGAAGGGCAGGGGCCUCGGAACUGUGGGGCCUGUGGGUGUGUCAUUUAGCUGAUGUAUUACAAUGAGCAUAUAAUGAGGCUCUGGGGGGCGAGUCUUCCACCAUCUUGGGCGUAGUUGGUUCUAACCAGUUUUUGUCAUAUCUGACAUCUGUGUUAUUCUUUAAGGAUUGUGCUCUGCCCCCUCCCCUCCUGGUUUCACCUCCCUCCCGGGAGGGCGUGCACUGCCUAAGGGUGUAUCUGCUGCACCUAAAUAUACCAGGUGACUUUCUCACCUGAGAAAGAGCAUACCGGAAACUCCGCUUCCCCAUUGCUGCUGGCAGCAGAUGUUCGCUGGGCACUUGUUGCUGUUGUGAGGGUGGAGUGUGGUCUCAUUGCUCCUGUAAUUUCAUACACUUUUUCAGCAAACAUUGAGCCACUGGCUGCUCUGCUGGGACAGGAAGGGGGGUGUGAGAGCGAUGAGGCAGAGGACCCCAAGGGGGCUCAGGAGGGGCCUCAGCGAGAGGGUGACAUGGCCAAGCACCAGCCAAGGGGAGGCCCGGGCAGGGCUGGGCAGCCUCAGGAACGGUGUGGGGGCGGGGUGGGGGUGGCCUUGGAGCCGAGAACAGUCACUGCGUUCCCAUGGGGGGGCAGGACAGGACGGUGCUGCCGCGGGCCCAGGUUCUGGAUCGUAUGCAGCUGCCAGAUCAGCUGGGGCAGAACCAGGUGGAGGGCGGGGUCGGUGUUUGAUGUUAAGUGUCUGAGGUGCUAGAGGACACCCACGUGGAGAUGCCCGGUGGGGGGAAGGAGGUCACCAGUUCAGCACACCAAAGGGAGCCCCUGGGCUCCACUGGACAUUCAGGCCUGUGCAGCGGGAAGCAGCUCAGGUCACAGACACGGGCUCGGGCAGGAGCUGGCCUGGCCCAAGGCCUCGUGGCCGGCCACCAGCACCCACUGGGGAGGCUGUGAAUGGGGCGCCUGUGGGUGCUCAUUAUUGGGUCCUGGCCCAGGUAUGGUCAGCCCGUAGUGCAAAUGACUGUCCACCUCUGCUGGGUUCCCAGAGGACCAGAGCUGUGCCGUUAACAAAGGUCGGUAUCCGUUUUCGGGUGAAUUCUGGGGUACUUUUAUUCACUCCUUGAAUUCUAAUCGAAGACUCCGGUUGGAAUUCUAAUUACAGUCGUGUUGCCUUUACACGCACAGACACACGCGCGCGCACACGUUUUGGGGGAAUGGGCCUUUCUGGUGGACGGAGGGGUGGGCAGUGAGGGCCAUCCUCUCUCUCCACCACGGCUCCUGCUCCCCAGAGGCGGCCGCGGUCAUGAGUUCAGUGUGUAUUUUCCUGAAAGUUGUGUGUGUAAACGUACUCAUCCACGGGACGCUUUACCAAGAGCGUGAGGUGGUAGCUCUCUGACUUGCUCCCCCAGAGGCCCAUAGCAUGAGGCGAAGCGUCCUGCUUGGUGAGGUGCCUGCCUGAGGGCUUGACCUCAUUCUUGCGUCGCUCUUCCCCAAGCAAUCUGCCUGCUGGGCUUCUGUGUCCCUGUUGCGGACCCGCCUCGGCCUCCAGAUGAUGUCAGCCCCAUCGCCCUGCCAGGAGAGCUCUUGGUCCCCCCUUCUGUCUGGCAGUUGGGGUGUGACAGAUAGCUUACUUGGCCUGGCAUUUCCCCAGAACCUGCCCACCCUCGGGCCUCCCUGUCAGGUGCUCAAACCAAAUCCCUGGGUCACUCUGGACUCCCACCAGAACCCGACCCCCGCUGGAGCUGCCACCCGGGCAGGACCAGGCGCGGCCAGGGCAUCGGUGGGCCCACAGGAGGGCUGUGGUCAAGCCAGGCAUGCAGGGCCUGGCAUGGGGUCCCCACAGGAGUGCGGCCCUGGCAGGACUGUCCACGCCCAGCAUCUCUGGAGGCAGCCAGGCCCGGUGCCUCCCUGGAUGACAGCUUGACUCCUGUGAGGACGCGCUCACCCGGGCCUGUGCGCGCACUGCAGGCCGUGCCAGUCCCACAGGCUCCUCCGAUUUCCAUCUUCCUCAGAGACCCCAGGGACCAGGUGAUGGCAGCGGCCAGGCUCCUACCGCCACCGGCGGUGCCCCAGGCCAAGGUGACCUUCGAGGACGUGGCCGUGCUCCUCUCCCAGGAGGAGUGGGACCGCCUGGGCCCUGCUCAGCGGGGCCUCUACCGACAUGUGAUGAUGGAAACCUAUGGGAACGUGGUCUCCGUGGGAAUUCCAGGAUCCAAGCCCGAGGUGAUCUCGCAGCUGGAGCGAGGAGAGGAGCCGUGGGUCCUGGACAAACAGGGAAAUGAGGGGCGCAGGGGCCUGGGCAUUGGCCGCUCAGACAACUUCACGUGUGACCACAAGACAGCUUGUGUGCAGCAAGACAGCACGUCCUGUCCCUGGGGAUGUGAAAACAAGGAGCAGGACCAGAACAGAGACUUGAGUCUGAGACCCCUCACUUCAGAGGAAAUAUCGAUGAUUCUGAGGAAAACACCUGCCGAGUGGAGCGAUCAGGGAAGCUACGAACCCAAAGAGAGCUUCUGUCUGAGUCCCAGCCACGCUGGCCCCCCUGAAGGCCGGGCCUUGAGUCAGGGCAUGCCCGUCGCUCAGCGACCAGCCGUUCCUGGCGGGGAGAGACCCUACCGGUGCGUGGAGUGUGGGAAGUGCUUUGGGCGGAGCUCCCACCUCCUCCAGCACCAGAGGACCCACACUGGGGAGAGGCCCUAUGUGUGUGGCGUGUGCGGCAAGGCCUUCAGCCAGAGCUCGGUCCUCAGCAAGCACAGGAGGAUCCACACGGGUGAGAAGCCCUACGCAUGUCACGAAUGUGGAAAGGCCUUUCGAGUGAGCUCAGAUCUUGCUCAGCAUCACAAGAUACACACGGGGGAGAAGCCACACGAGUGUCUCGAGUGUCGCAAGGCCUUCACACAGCUCUCCCACCUCCUCCAGCACCAGCGCAUCCACACCGGGGAGAGGCCCUACGUGUGCGGCGUGUGCGGGAAGGCCUUCAACCACAGCACUGUGCUGCGCAGCCACCGGCGGGUGCACACCGGGGAGAAGCCACACGCGUGCGCAGAGUGUGGCCGUGCCUUCAGCGUGAAGAGGACGCUGCUCCAGCACCAGCGGGUGCACACCGGGGAGAAGCCCUACGCCUGCGGUGAGUGUGGCCGCGCCUUCAGCGACCGCUCCGUCCUCAUCCAGCACCACAGCGUGCACACGGGCGAGAAGCCCUAUGAGUGCAGUGAGUGUGGCAAGGCCUUCCGGCACCGCUCCACCCUCCUGAACCACGAACGCAUCCACACCGAGGAGAAGCCCUAUGGCUGCUACGCAUGCGGCAAGGCCUUCGUGCAGCACUCCCACCUGACCCAGCACCAGCGGGUCCACACUGGCGAAAAGCCUUACGUGUGCGGCGAGUGUGGCCACGCCUUCAGUGCCCGCAGGUCCCUGGUCCAGCACCAGCGGGUCCACACGGGCGAGAGGCCAUUCCGCUGUGCACAGUGCGACAAGGCCUUCAGCCUGAAGGCCACGCUGAUCGUGCACCUGAGGACCCACACAGGCGAGAGGCCCUACGAGUGUAGCCGCUGUGGCAAGGCCUUCAGCCAGUACUCAGUGCUCGUGCAGCACCAACGCAUCCACACAGGUGAGAGGCCCUAUGAAUGUGGGGAGUGUGGCCGCGCCUUUAACCAGCACGGCCACCUGAUCCAGCACCAGAAGGUACACAGGAAGCUGUGACCUUGGCCGCACGCGAAGCUGCACUCGGGAACUUGGGCACCCAGCCCCAGGAAGCCUCCAGUCCAAGGGAGGUGCCCGUCAGCAUCACCAAGUGUCACUGAGAAACUCAAGGGAAGCACUGACAUGGCUCUGGAAGAACUUCAGAGGAUGCCUCAUUUGUUUCUCUCAACUUCUUGAGGUUACAUUGCAGAGUAAUUACACAGUUGUAGAGAAUUUUGGUGAAGACAGUUACAAUUCAUUAUUUAACAUUAGUUUAUUAGAAGUGAGGAAGUAAAGGAAGUUACAGCAUAAGGAUUACUGUCACAGUAAAACUUCCUCACACUCCAAAUAAAGGUUUUUUUCUUAGAACGUUAUAUGCCUUUCCUAAAUUCAAUGACUGUUCUGAUUAUUGCACUUACUUAAAAUUAGAAUGUUGGACUAUACUUUCAGUAUUCUGUUAAGCACUACAAUGCUGUGUGGAUAAAAUGAUAUAAAAAAGAUUGUCA